UCAAUAUAUAUGCAAUUUUUCAUGUCUAAAAACAAAAACAGCGAUAAGUCGUCAGCCGACAUCAUGUCCGCCUACAAGAUGGAGACCGCCCCCUUCGAUCCACGUUUCCCCAACCAGAACGUGACACGCUACUGCUAUCAAUCGUACGUGGACUUCCAUCGUUGCCAGAAGAAGCGUGGCGAGGACUUCGCUCCAUGCAACUACUUCAAGAAGGUCUACAAGACGAUGUGCCCCAAUGCCUGGGUUGAGAAGUGGGACGAUCAGCGCGAGAGCGGAACAUUCCCGGGUCGCAUCUAAAAUGGAUGCGCUGCAACCUGUCGCCACGCCCACGCCCACACACACCACCACAACAACACACACACACACAUAACAUAAAUAAUACCAAACACCAUGGACAAAUUGAAUAACGUUUAGAGGGGCGCAAACUUCAACAACAACAACAACAAAUAUACACAACAAUUGUUACAAUUUGAACCAAAAAAAAAAUUGUAUUGUUUUUUCUUUCUUCACAUACACACACACAGUUACACACACACAGACAGGCGCGCGUACGCUAAGCUAGAUGAAUUUGUUCGAUGGUAUAUAGAAAAUACGAAUACACAACAGAAAAAACGAAAACACAACACACAGGCAACUGUAUGCAACAUGUGUAUUAAUCAAUAAAUAAUUGACAAAAAGUA